GAAGCCCCCUUUGCUCGCCGAGCACACAAGCUUCUCAUAUUUUUCUCACGUUUCUUUUCGAGAAUUUUCUAUCGACCCCUUUCAGAAGAGAUUUUCAGAAGAAUUUCCAGGAAAAUGAGCAAAAAAUUGGGAUUUUUCGUGGUUUUAUUGCUGCUCGUCGGGGUAUUUUCUGCCCAAAUCCGGAUCCCCCUCUUCGGCGGAAUCAUCACUAUCAAUAACAAUUUCGAAAAAAAACCUACCAACAGCACUGAAAAAUUCACUGGCUCCACUGUGAAAAAUGGGUCCGUGGAGAAUUUCGAAUUUUCCACAAAACCGCCGAAAACUCCGUCCCAACAACGUCCGAAAUCGGCUGUUCUGAAUGCACUUCUCUCAAUGUUUGGACGUUUCUAGCAAAUGCGCUCUGUUGAUAAACUUUUGCGCGUCAAUUGUGGUGUCAUUGUAUUGCUUGUGUAAAUAAUUGCUUUUAAUCAGUAAUAAAAAAAUAAAUGCAAUAAUUUAUUCCAAAUCGAAAAAAAAA